UCUGCUGCCCUGGCUGUGUAGUGUAGUGUUAGUAAGUGGAGUGUGAAGCUGUGGUCAUAGACACACCCUAGUUCUAAGAGGAGUCUCAUUGCUGCUCCAGCUGUUGGAGGGAGUGAGGACUUUCCUCAGACGCCGGGACUCUGUGCAGGCAUGUAACCUGGAGAGAGACACAGCAGCACACACAGACAGCUGCAGUCACACAGGGACAGCGCCAGCUCCACAUUUACAUGCUGCUUCUUAUAUAAUAAGGUACAAUUUAGAUUACACCCUUGCAAUGCAGACUCCACACCAACACUGGUACACAGCAGCACACUAGUGACAAGCACAGUAACACUACUAGAUACAGUCACACAGCCCUUCUUUACAGUGCCCCCCUAUAGACAUACUGUACACAGCUUCAUACACACAUAUAAACAUAGACUGGACGCAAGGCAUGGUGUGACCUACAGCAACAGGGGACGUCAAUCCAGCCAGGAUGUUGCUCCAUGGAUUCCUGCAUGCAGUAACUGCUAAUACAAAGCAUUGUCCUGUGAAAUUGAAGACGGCUCAGACAAUAUGGGUAUUAAUGUGUGUUUUGGCUGUUUCAGAAAUAGGCCACGCUGUGGAGUUUGGUGACUCCAAAGCUGUCUUUAGUACACCAUGUGGAGAUAUCAUGACUCUGAGUACACCUGUCCCCAAUCUAACACAGUUCACCGUGUGCACCUACCUGAAACUAGCAUCCUCUAAACCUUGGACUGCUUUCAUCUACAAACUGCCCUCUUCCCCAGACAAUGUGUAUGAAAUUGGAGUUUUCGGUGACAGCGGCAGUAUGAAAAUAUGGAUGUUUGGUACUGAGAUCAUCGUGCUUGAGAGCCUAAACUUGCUCACUUGGUAUGAGAUCUGUAUUACAUGGGGUGGCAGAAAUGAAUCCAUGGGAGUUUAUCUCAAUGGUGAGAUGAAAGCAGAGGAAAAGCUGGAGAACAACACCAUGCUGCAUGGAGGUGGCAGUUUGAUCCUUGGAUGUCCACAUAAGAUAAAUGCUUCUGCAUCCUUGGGAUUGGUUGGGGAUCUGUACAUGUUCAGGAUGUGGAAUACAUCAGCAGAUUCAUGGCUUCAAAGCUGUAUUGAUGGGAAUGUUAUCAAGUGGAAGAUGGAUGACUGGAUUUACAGCCCAACAAUAAUAAAGCAAGAUUCAUCUUUGCAUUGUGCAAAUAAGAAAUCAGAAAUCACAACUUCUGGUCAGGACAACAAUAACAUUCACAUGUUUUACAAAAGAUUUCGUCGAGACGUUGGGGAUUCAUAUUUGGCCAGAACACCAACACAAUCGAAUGGCACAGUGACUACUAGUUUAAACAGCACCAGUAUUGCCUUCUCCUCAUCAUCAGCAACAAAUAUAACUACUGUGAAUGAAUUGAACAGUGACGGAUCGUUUAGCAGUAAACUCUGGAAAUCAUCCGUAACCACAAAUAUUAACAGUGGAAUGAAUAAUUAUUCAAAUAGUAGCACAUCUUUAACAACAUCAUUUUCAAAACACACAAGCGAUGUAAAUAAUGGACUGAACAUAACUUCUGAAAGUAGCCACUCAUCUUCUGAUUCCAGCUAUACAGCUAUUGUAUCCAACAAUGAGACCUUUACCACUCCAAGAACAACAACCACAGAUGUAACCACAGGAGGAAUGAAUUGUACUGCCAAUGCCAGCAGUGAGAUUCAGAAUUGGCUAAUGGGUAUCUGCAAUUCAUCCUGUAAUGGUUCAGUUUAUGAGAUCACUUUGGAGCCAAAUUGUCCACUUGAUGUUUGGAACACUAUGAUUGGCCGUGUCACUAAUAUUAGCCACAAGCGCAUUCAGUGCACUGACUUGCUAUACAUUGUCAAUUAUUCUCUAACUGACAUUUGUGUCGUAAUACGUAAUUAUUUGGGAAAUGUGUGUAUAAAAGAUAUUAAUAAAAUUGAUUUCUGCUGCUGUACUGAGUGUUCAUUGUCACCCUGCAUAAUCAGAAAUACAGCAAUGUGCGGUUUUGGAGGAAAUGGUGCUACCACAGGAUUUCCAAAUACAAGGAGCAGCAAUAGUCAAUUACCCAGUAUUACAAGAAAUUCUAAUGGAUCUAGUAUUACUAAGACUAUUACAUCAGUUAUCAGUAGACCAGCUUUUACAAGUUAUAGUGGAUCAAAUACACCCGUUAACAGUCAACCAACUUCAGCUAUUCGGGAUGAACAUGAUUCAACAGUUAACAGUGGGUCGACUUCAGCUACUAAUCGUGGAUCUCAUACUACAACUAUCAGUGGAACUAGGUCUGUUGCAACUGGUAAAGAUAACACUGGUCCUUCUACAACAUCUGGAAGCAGUUCAAUUAUAGAUAGCCUGAAUAAAUUGAUUGAUCUUCUGGGUUCGGGUAACCUUAAUUCAUCCACCGUGCAGAACAUUGUUUCACAAUUAGAAGACCUGUUGGCCGGAGAGGUGACACCGGAUGCUGCAAAUAUAUUGGUUGGAAUCCUGAACACCUUUCUAAAUGUUUCUCAGAAUCUUCUUGCACCUGUCUCCAAAAGAUUACUUAUGAUAGUGGAUAAAAUUGGCUUAAAGUUAAACUUCCCAGGACAAUCCAUAAAUUUCACCUCUCAAGCCUUGGCCCUUGCAGUGAAUAAAGUCAAAGCCAGCUCUUUCACUGGAACCUCAUUUGGUGUUGAAUCUUCAUCUGGUUUGCAAGUUUCCUUGGGUUCUCAGCCAACACUGAACAGUGAUGGUUCUAUUCUCCUCCCUGCAUCGUUACUGAAUGACUUGUCCCCUAUUGACAAAGAUAUUGCUUCUAGAAUACAGUUUAACUACUUUGCAAAGACUUCAUUUUUCAUGGACUCAUCCCUCACAACUAAUCAGUCCUUAGUGAGCAAAGUUAUAUCAUCAAGUGUUGCGAACAUUACAGUAACUAAUUUAACGGAAAAUGUAACUGUGACAUUAAAGACUUUCCGUAGCAGUGUCUCUAACUCUGUGAAGUGUGUGUUUUGGGACUUCACUAAAAAUAAUGGAAGUGGUGGCUGGGCAUCCGAUGGCUGUACGGUAGCCAGUAGGACACACACUAAUAAUGAAACAGUCUGUAAUUGCAAUCAUUUGACCAGCUUUGCCAUAUUGCUGGAUGUAACUCCUAAUACUCCAAUUAGUCCACAAGACACCUUGAUUCUGACGUUUAUAACUUAUAUUGGAUGUGGGCUUUCUUCGAUAUUCCUCUCCGUGACUCUUGUAACCUACAUAGCCUUCGAGAAAAUACGGAGGGAUUACCCAUCUAAAAUCCUUAUUCAGCUUUGUGCCGCACUGGUUUGCCUAAACCUCACCUUUCUAUUGAACCCCUGGAUUUCGCUGUACAGUGACAUCCCCGGACUCUGCAUCUCUGUUGCUGCAUUCCUACAUUACUUUGUCUUGGUUUCAAUUACUUGGAUGGGUCUUGAAGCGUUCCACAUGUAUCUCUCUCUUGUAAAAGUAUUCAAUACUUAUGUACGGAAAUACAUGUUAAAGUUCUGCAUUAUUGGUUGGGGAGUUCCAGCUGUGGUCGUGGCAAUAAUACUGGCAGUUAAGAAAGACUUGUAUCGACUGAAUGUAAGCGUGCCAUAUCCAAAUGGAUCAGCAGAUUAUUUCUGCUGGAUGGAUGACACCGUAUUCUGGAUCACAAUCGUCGGGUACUUUGGCAUAAUAUUCCUGCUAAAUGUCAGCAUGUUUGUGGUGGUUCUCAUACAGUUGUGUCGCAUCAAGAAGCAGAAGCAGCUGGGCUACCAGAGGAAAACCACACUCCAAGACAUGCGCAGCGUGGCAGGCAUUACUUUCCUGCUGGGGAUAACAUGGGGCCUGGGUUUCUUCUCCUUUGGACCAGGGAAAGUGGCCAUUAUGUACCUGUUCACUAUAUUCAACACAUUACAAGGUUUCUUCAUAUUUUUAUUCUACUGCGUGGCAAAAGAGAAUGUCCGCAAGCAGUGGAGGCGCUAUCUGUGCUGUGGGAAAUUCAGACUGGCUGAAAACUCUGACUGGAGUAAAACCGCUACCAAUAAGCUAAAGAAACAGACUUCAAAACAAGGAGCUUCCAGCAGUUCCAGCAACUCUAUUCAGUCAACAAGUAAUUCAAACUCUACAACUGUACUAGUAUCCAAUGAGUACUCGCUGCAUCCCAAUGGGAAUGGUAAUGUGUUAAAAGAAAGAAAUGGAGUGUCCUUCCAGCUGCGGAACAGUGAGAUGGUACUUCAAGAGCUUUCUGCGAGACCAUCUGCCAGGAACGGUGAUGCAAAACAGACUUCCAUUAGAAGGACUUCUAAUAGGGGGAGCGUGCAUUUCAUUGAUCAAAUAUAGUGUGAGCUUUAGCUCCUAAGUUAUAAACGUUUGACUUAUGGGAAUCCUGCAGUCUAGAUGUGUGAAAACGUUUGGCUUGCAUAUUUCAACAUUCAUUGAACGUAGCUGCCUUGGACUGUCAAGCACGGCUGAAAGUAGCUUACAACUGAUAGAAGAGUCGCUCGUCCCCUAAAAAUACUUUAACGGAGUUAGCCACGGUUGGAAUGGGACAUUUACAAUGAAAUGCGGGACAUUUCCCCUUUGUGUCUUAGCAAUUUGUUUGAUGCCUUUUUCAUCUCAUGAUAUACUCUUCUUUACUGUAUUUUUAUAUAUUUAAUUUAUGUAUUGUCAAUUUUAUUAUGAAUGUAAUUUUUAAUGUUGAAAAUAGUUUGUGCGAUUGUUUUUUAAAAAGUUUCAGCUUACUUGUAGCAUGUUUAGUGACAGAAAGACCCCCAAGCCAACCCAGUGGUUUUUCUCCAUUGCCGCGAUUACAUUUUGCAGUAAGUCAACACUGCCAUGGGCGAGAUUACUUUUUUUUUUUUUUUUUUCUUAAGAGCCUGAUAAGGAGACAUUAUGUUUUUUUAAUUGAAAGGACAUUCUUAAUUUUGGGUUCAGCCCAAAAGAUAUUGGUACGAACAACCAUGUUUUAGCAUAUAAAUCUAUUGUGUUUAUUAUUUAGUACAUUUUGUGCAGAUAACACAAAUUCUUUUUUGCAUUUUUGCACAUACAGUAUCUAUGGUCUUUCAUGACAGAUGUACAAUUAAGCGCUGCAUAGAUUGAUAUGGCAUUCACUCUGAGUAUACUGCACAGAUACAUCCAAUGUCAAAUGCAGUAAGUCAGUGACGGACGGAAUUUGAAAUAAUGUCUAAGCCUAUUAUAGAGGAAUUAUAGAUUAAAAGAAAAACAUGAGCUUUCUCUA